UGGUGUGUGUCAGAGAGAAGCUGUGGGGGAGGAGGGUCGGUGGCAGAGCCUCUGGUGAUGCAGCAUCAAGAUUUCGUCACCAGAGUCGGGGAAACAUUCAGAGUUAAUCUUUUCGCAACCAGUGGCUCUGAAAAGCAAACAGCAAACCACAAAAAGCCCUGACUCAGCACAGGAGAGGGACAGACAGGAAAGUGUUGGAGGAAUUAGAGCGUGAGAUAUGGGCUUUUUUCCUCCUCUGUUGCUCGAAGUGACAAUCAAGCCGUGUUUUUUAUACAUAUAAAAUAUCUCGAGAUUCCCUAAAACGUCUAUGGAUCGAUUGCCGGUGAUAGCAGCAAACUUUUGAUAGCACGUUUGAUUUAAAAUCAGCGGAACUGCUGAAGCCCACCGUGCCAGGCUGUGAGAUUGCUGGGUCCAUAGGUGGUUGCUGAUUGUUUUCUGUGUGUGUGUGUGUGUGGGGAGAGCCCCAUCCUGGAAACUGACCACGAUGGGUUCCUACGGCUACUACAGAACUACCAUCUUCACUUCGAUGUUUGUGGGCUACACCCUGUAUUACUUCAACAGGAAAACCUUCUCCUUUGUGAUGCCAUCCAUUAUGCAAGAAGUCACACUUGAGAAAGAUGAUCUGGGUUUGAUCACCAGCAGCCAGUCACUGGCCUACGCAAUCAGUAAGUUUAUCAGCGGAGUGCUCUCGGACCAGAUCAGCGCCCGCUUGCUUUUCUGCACCGGCCUCUUCCUGGUCGGGGUGGUGAACGUGGCCUUUUCCUGGAGCUCCUCCGUGAUGGUCUUUGCCAUCCUCUGGUUCCUGAACGGGCUGGCCCAGGGCUUCGGCUGGCCUCCCUGUGGCAAAAUACUCCGCAAGUGGUUUGAGCCGUCACAGUUUGGCACAUGGUGGGCUGUUCUGUCGACCAGCAUGAACCUAGCAGGCAGUCUGGGCCCUAUCAUCGCCGCCACCAUGGCUCUAAGCUACAGUUGGAGACAGACGCUCUCCAUGUCCGGCUGUGUGGCCAUCGGAGCCACGUUCCUGUGUCUCAUCUUCAUCCGAAACGAGCCCAAAGACGUGGGGUUGACCAACAUCGAGCCAGGACAGAAGAAAGGAGACAAAAAAGGAGCUGCCAGAGAUGACAGCACCCUGAGGGAGCUACUGCUGAGCCCGUAUCUCUGGGUCCUGAAUUUCGGAUACUUGGUGGUGUUUGGGGUGAAGACUUGUUGCACUGACUGGGGCCAACUCUUCCUCAUCCAAGACAAGGGACAGUCUGCCCUCAUAGGCAGCUCCUUCAUGAGUGCGCUGGAGGUCGGGGGUUUUCUGGGUAGCUUGGCCGCUGGGUACCUGUCGGACAGAGCUGUAGCUCGGCACGGUCUGCGGAGUCACGGAAACCCUCGGCACGGGCUUCUGCUCUCUAUGAUGGCGGGGAUGGCUGUCUCGUUGCACCUCUUCAGAGUCACGGUUGCCCCAGAAUCUCCCAAGGAGACUGAUUUCUGGACAUUAAUCUUCUUGCCUCUGACUCAAAUCACCAACCUAACCGAACACGAGCUGUGGAUCCUGAUCCUGGGAGNUUUUUUUGGCUUCUGCUCCUAUGGGCCGAUCGCACUAUUUGGAGUCAUUGCCAACGAGAGCGCGCCUCCUAACCUGUGCGGCACGUCUCACGCCAUCGUGGCUCUGAUGGCGAACGUGGGCGGUUUCCUGGCUGGGCUCCCAUUCAGUACCAUCGCAAAGCAUUACAGUUGGGACAUGGCGUUCUGGAUCGCUGAGGUGUCCUGUACCAUCGCCACCGUGGCCUUCUUCCUGCUGAGGAACAUCCGCACCAAGAUGGGACGAGUCCCUAGGAAGGAAGACUGAAGUUUCAGAAACCCACCUUCAAUCGUCAGCCGUCUGCUCUGAUCAUGUGUUGGUAAAGGUUCACCAGCAAAGCUUAAUUCUGCUCAUCCCAAUGUUGAGAGUCAACCAGUCAGUCCUGUCUCAAAAGUUUUUUUGUGCACAUUUUAGUACCUGAAACUACAUCCAAAACACAACACAGGUCACCCUCUGUUUUUUUGGGUUAAGUUAAACUUUGAUCAUGACUCACAGAAAUACCCAGUGCCAAGUGAAUCCUACCUACUCUGCUCUGUGCCAGGGUGGAAUCUCCUUUUUUUUUAUUGGUGAGCGAGUUUGGGGCCUGCCCCCCCCACCCCAUUAACCAAAUUGGAUCGAGUAUGUCCCACUUAGGCAAUGAGGGUUGUCUCCACAGACAAGCCCCCCUCCCGAUUCCCCAACUCUGCCAGACCCCAAAUUGUCAAAGGACUUGUGUGGAUCUGAAUCAUGUCUUUAUGUCCAUCCGAGCGAGUCGGGACUGGAUGGAAAUCUGCCUCAUAGCACUUUGUCCGUUUGACCAUUAGGGGUCACUACUGCUGCCACGUCCUCCUCUCUCUAUUGAGUGAGUUAAUACCAUUCUGCCGAAGCCACUUUCUCUGCACGGGGUUUCUGAACAAAAUGAACCAUUUUCUAUUAGAUACACUUCAAGGGAAGAGGGCUCUCUAUAAUCAACUCUAAAUUGCGCCAUUUCUUAUUCAGGAUUUCUUAAGAAAUUCCAGGUAGAAUUUCUGUCAGGAACCCCAUUUUUGGGUGGAGGUUUCAACUGGGUAUCUGACACAAGCAGAAACCCAUUACCCAACUCAAGAGUCUCCAAA